UCUCAUCAAAUCAACCUAUCUCCCCCAUCAAAAAGCACCGGUAGUUCAAUCGAAACACUAAUUUGACAAUGUCUGGACGUGGAAAAGGAGGAAAGGGGUUGGGAAAGGGAGGAGCAAAGCGUCACCGGAAAGUUCUCCGGGAUAACAUUCAGGGUAUCACCAAACCUGCAAUCAGGAGGCUCGCUAGAAGAGGUGGAGUCAAGAGAAUCAGCGGUCUCAUAUACGAAGAGACUCGUGGCGUUCUGAAGAUAUUUUUGGAGAAUGUGAUUCGUGACGCCGUUACCUACACGGAGCACGCUCGCCGGAAGACGGUGACGGCGAUGGAUGUUGUCUAUGCAUUGAAUAGGCAAGGAAGAACUUUGUAUGGAUUUGGUGGUUAGAUAGAUUAUUGUAAUAAAUUCUGUUAUCUAGAACGAUUUGGAAUUGAAUUGUUUGAAAUUUUGUGAAAAAGUUGAACUGAUUUAGAGAAAUGGAAGUGAAUCCCAUUUGUUCUAGAUGGACAUUGCAAAACCUAAAUUUGUUUA